AGCAUUGUAGAGCAAUACUUCUCCUCCUCUGCAGUCCGUCCCUUAUCCUCCCAAACCCUUCCUCUAAAACCCUCCCUCCCUCUCUCUCUUCAAAAUCCGAAGAACACAAUGUCUUCUGCAACCACGCAAAUCUUCAAGCCACUCUCUAGAGCAGACCCAUCUAUCUUCUCUCAACUAUCACUGUUAGCUUCCAUUCCAAGACCCCAAAACCCAACCGUGUCGGUCCCUGCUAGACCCAUCAGACUACAGCUCUCAUACUCUCUCCUUUCAUCUCCUUUCUUUCCGAAACCCAAAAUUCACCGCUCAUCUUUGGUGGCCUUUGUUGCGCAGAGUUCUGGGUGGGCCCAACAAGAGGACAACACAGUGACAGUUACUGACCAAGAAGAAUCGACAUGGGGAAAUGAAGAGAGUGACGAGACCCAGGUUGGGUUAUCUGAUUGGGGGGCUGAGGGAGGAGAAGAGAAUAAUUUUGUGGAGCCGCCCGAGGAGGCAAAGAUUUAUGUAGGGAAUUUGCCUUAUGAUGUUGAAAGCCAGAACUUGGCGAAGCUAUUUGAGCAGGCUGGAACUGUUGAAAUUGCGGAGAUUAUUUACAACAGGGAAACUGAACGGAGUCGUGGCUUUGGAUUUGUAACCAUGACAACCGUUGAAGAGGCUGAGAAGGCUGUAGAAAUGUUUAACAGAUAUGAGUUAGAUGGAAGGUUCUUAACUGUAAACAAGGCUGCUCCCAGAGGAACCCAGGUUGAACGCCCCUCUCGCGGGUUUGAACCUGCUUUUAGAAUCUAUGUUGGAAACCUGCCGUGGGAUGUGGAUAGUACUCGUCUGGAGCAAAUCUUUAGCGAACAUGGAAAGGUGGUGGAUGCACGAGUGGUCAAUGACAGGGAGACCGGACGCUCACGUGGUUUUGGCUUUGUAACAAUGUUUUCUGAGGCUGAAUUGAAUGAUGCCAUCGCUGCUCUUGACGGACAGAUUAUGGAUGGGAGGGCAAUCAGAGUAAAUGUCGCGCAGGAAAGGCCAAGGCGUUUUUAAUCUUACAUGACAUGAAUACAAGGUCUUCUGAGUUCCGUGGGUACUGUGUUCCAAGUAUUGAUUUUCCUUUCUUUUUCUGGUUGAUCCUUUUUGGGGGGUUAGUGAGGAGUUAUAUUAGUGUUCAAUUUUUCUCUCUUUAUAUGGAAGAUUUUUAUUCGACAGUUAUCGGGGAUCAUGGCGCGAUUAUUUCGAUUUCAAAGCA